AUGCUACGAUCGAGGUCUGUCUGCGCAGUCUUGAUAGCCUUGAGCUUUCUUUUUAAUAAAGCUCAAGGAGUUUUGUGGAAAGAUUUCUGGAAAAAAAACCAAGUCAUUGGCUAUGCAACAGUCUCCGAAGAACAAGCUAAGCUUAUCAAUAAAGACAAUAAGUUAUAUGAAGGCGACGAGCUACAUGUAAAAAGACCCCCAUAUGCUCUUCAAACAGGAUCUGGCUUUUAUAUAUUAAACGGACCUGGUAAUUGGGUACGUAGCAGUAUAGAUGAAGAAGAAAGGCGUUGGUAUUGUGCUAUCGAAGCGAGAAAGAGGAAGAUGAAAAAUAUCGGCAAAAUUAAAAUCCCGAUAUCCUUAUGGAGCGAAAACGAAGAAGAAAUCGUGGAUUACAUCACGUUAACAAGAUUGGUAUCAGAGCCCAAGGAAGCGCUGCGCUUCUCAUGGGUUAAAGGGUUCAAAGGCUGGCAGCUGCAAAUGCUUAUUCCAACGGAUGUGGUAAAGAAAGAUGAUUUGGAAUUGAGGGCUCGAUGUUUUGCAUCAGAAGAGGAGCUGAUGAAAUUUUCGCACGUUACUCUUGAUUGGGACGCUUGGAAGGCCAAAGGAUAUCUUGGAAAACCGGGCCCUUAUAGACUGGGCGGCUCAUAUUAUGGCUAUGCUUGA